UCCAAGCUCCGCCCAGUUGUUUCCGGAAGCGGAAGAGUAUUUGCUUCUUCGGUGUCAGGCUCUCGUUCUCUCCGGUGUCACGAUGGGAAAAGGCGGCGGCACGUUCGAGAGGCUUUUGGAUAAAGCCACCAGCCAGCUUCUCCUGGAGACGGACUGGGAGUCCAUUCUGCAGAUCUGUGACAUGAUCCGCCAGGGAGACACUCAGGCCAAGUACGCUGUGGGUGCCAUCAAGAAGAAAGUCAAUGACAAGAACCCACAUGUCGCUCUGUUUGCUCUGGAGGUUUUGGAGUCUGUGAUGAAGAACUGUGGCUCCACCGUACACGACGAGGUUGCCAAUAAACAGACGAUGGAGGAGCUAAAGGAGCUGCAGAAGCGUCAGGUGGAACCAAAUGUGCGGAACAAGAUUCUGUACCUGAUCCAGGCCUGGUCCCACGCGUUCCGUAACGAACCCAAGUAUAAAGUUGUGCAGGACACCUACCAGAUCAUGAAAGUGGAAGGACACAAUUUCCCUGAGUUCAAGGAGAGCGAUGCCAUGUUUGCAGCAGAGCGGGCUCCUGACUGGGUGGAUGCUGAGGAGUGUCACCGCUGCCGCGUUCAGUUUGGUGUGGUUACUCGCAAGCAUCACUGCCGAGCCUGUGGACAAAUUUUCUGUGGAAAAUGCUCCUCUAAAUAUUCCACCAUCCCUAAGUUCGGGAUUGAGAAGGAAGUGCGUGUUUGUGAGCCCUGCUUUGAGCAGCUGAACAAGAAAGGCGAAGGUAAACCUGCUGCUACUGGUGAACUGCCUUCCGAGUACCUGACCAGUCCCCUGUCCCAGCAGUCCCAGGUGCCUCCUAAGAGAGAUGAAGCCGCGCUGCAAGAGGAAGAGGAGCUGCAGCUUGCUAUAGCCCUAUCACAGUCUGAGGCUGAAGAAAAGGAAAGGAUGAGGCAGAAAAACACCUAUGGCAUAUAUCCAAAAACUGAGCCCACCCCUGUCACCUCCUCCGCUCCACCAGCCAGUACCCUGUACUCUUCUGCUGUGAAUUCAUCUGCUCCGUUUGCUGAAGAAGUAGACCCCGAGCUGGCCCGGUAUCUGAACCGAAAUUACUGGGAGAAGAAACAGGAAGAAGUCAGGAAAAGUCCAACCCCUUCUGCUCCUGUGCCAGUGAGCGAACCUGUAGUGCAGGUGGCUGAGGUGCCUCCUGUCAGCAUGGUGAGCGUCAUGGAGCAGCAAUACCAGAAUGGGGAAUCGGAGGAGAAUCACGAGCAGUUCUUGAAGGCUUUGCAGAACGCAGUCACCACUUUUGUAAACCGGAUGAAGAGCAACCACAUGCGCGGCAGAAGUAUCACAAAUGAUUCCGCCGUACUGUCGCUCUUCCAGUCUAUCAACAACAUGCACCCACAGCUCCUGGAGCUGCUCAACCAGCUGGAUGAGAGGCGACUGUACUAUGAAGGUCUGCAGGACAAGCUGGCCCAGAUCAGAGAUGCUCGCGGGGCGCUGAAUGCACUGAGGGAGGAGCACAGAGAAAAGCUGCGGCGAGCAGCAGAGGACGCAGAGCGACAGCGACAGAUUCAACUGGCACAGAAGCUAGAGAUUAUGAGACAGAAGAAACAGGAAUACUUGGAGAUGCAGCGUCAACUUGCCAUCCAGCGCCUGCAAGAACAAGAAAAGGAGCGACAAAUGAGGUUGGAGCAGCAGAAACAGACGAUCCAGAUGAGAGCCCAGAUGCCAGCGUUUCAGCUUCCCUAUGCACAGCUGCAGUCCCUGCCAUCAUCCGGUGGUGUCAUGUACCCACCCUCGGGCCCUAAUGCUUAUACCGGCACAUUCAGUCCUUCUGGGUCAGUGGAGGGGUCCCCUAUGCAUGGGGUAUACAUGAACCAAGCUGGACAGCCGACAUCUGCUCCAUACCCUGGCAUGCCGGUGCCUGGUACCGAUCCCAGCAUGGUAAAUGCAUACAUGUAUCCAGCAGGAUCUGCUCCAGCAGCUCAACAGGGCCAGCCUGUGCCAACCACCAACCCAGCAUAUACGUCUUACCAGCCCACCCCUACACAGCCCUACCAAAGCGUUACCUCCCAGAGCCACCCUUCCAUGUCCCAGAAUCCUCCAGCCAGCGGGAUGACUUACAUGGGUGGACAGUCCGUACCCAUGGGUUAUCAGCCUUACAAUAUGCAGAACCUCAUGACGAAUCUCCCCGGACAAGACCCAGCGAUGAGCAGCAUGCCCUCCCAGCAGCCUUUCCACCCUGGACAGCAACCUAUGUACCAGCCUAUGCCAGUAGGUGCCGGCCAGCAGCAACCUCCACAGCAGCAGGCAGCGCACGGUCAGCAGGUGCAAGGCGGAAGCGAGGCCCAGUUGAUCUGCUUCGAUUGAUUCCAGAAGACACGCUAUUUGUUCACGUAACCUGUCUGUGCCGGCGAUUCCUACCGACCUGUGUAGCAUGCAUACUCUGCCAGUACUGCUGCAGUAAAACACUACAUUUCUGUAACUGCCAUUCUCCGUAUCUGCCUGCCAUCCAUGAUGCCGGAAAACCACCGCUCUCCACUAACAUUGCAAAAACUGCUUGUAGCUUAUCCGUGUCUUAGAAUUGCUUUAUGUGGAGGCCAAGUCUUUUACCCUGCACUUGUACCAGUGGCUGCUGAUGGGAAAAGGAUCUAAACUGUGUCGCUGUUUGAUUCAAGGAAUUGUCACAAUCCCUUUAAUAUGAUGUAUAGGGACAAAGAAGGGGGGGGGAGACCUCAUUCUGGAGGACCGCUGGCAUCCUUGAAUUGAACAGAUGGCUGCUGAUCCGUCAGUGACCGUUCUGUUAGGAAUCCUAGGAGAAGGGGUGCCAGGGAUCAGCUAGUUGGCAGCCCCUAAAGAUCAAGGCUAAUAAUUCUCUUCUUAAACAGAUGCAUCUCCCAUGUAGAGACAGAAGACAUGCCAUUUUGUCUUACAUCUCAUGCUGUUCUUGUACUAUAGGACCACUGGAAAUGAGGAAUACCUACUGGUAAAUGUAAAAAGCCUGUGCUCCCGCUCCCUAGGGGUUCUAUGAGUUUUAGUAUUGAUGACCUAUCCUCCAGAUCGGUCAUCAGUAUGUGAUCUGUGUGUUUCCAACACCUGUCACUCCUGCUGAUCAGCUGCCUGAAGGGGCUGUAGUACUAGGACCCCAACACUGAGUGCACAGAGCCUAAGGCGAGAUUAUCAAUAUUAAAAUCCCAGACAGCCCCUUCCAAGGGAACCUGAUACUAGACUUCAGGGCAUUGGCUUGUCCCUACACUGCUGGGGUUUAACGUUCUAGACCGAUCCCGCUCAGUGCGGUGUCUAAAAAUAAGCCAUAAUCCAACAUCCGCUAUGUAAAUUACAGGAGAGGAGUCCUGGGGUGAGUCCAGCACACUGCACUUUGCCGCGCAUGCGCCAGAUCCAUCUGGACUCUUCUCUGGUAACUUAACAGAGCCCUGAAAUGGACACGUAUGCCGGCAGUGUAAUGACAUGCCUUAGAGCCCUGUAGUGGCCUUGUCUUAGCAGUAGGAGAAGGGACCUUCACCGGCGUGUGUGAAUCCGUCUCCUCGGCAUUUUGUGCUGAACUUUCAUUAGAAUGAGGCAAGAUCAGGAAUUAAGAAAUAACUAGAAAGGCCGAAGUGUGUUACACCGUUACUUAUUAAAGGCCUUGUGUUUGAGGGUCCAUUUUUGUUCUUUUCUAACACAGCAGAAGGUUCGGGGCACAUUGCAUCGGAGCCUUUUGCGGCAGUGUAUGUCGGGAAGAUUAGCUGGGCACAGACUCAAAUAAAAAAAAUAUAACGAUAUAAGAUAUAUAUUGGCCCAAUGAAGGCCAGAAGGAGUGGAUAUGUGGGGCAUAUAUUAUCAAGUUAUUGCACUUGGAUGGGGCUAGGCUGCAAUGUCGGACACAGCCCAAUGGAGAGGGCUGCUGUUUCCUGCAAACAAUAAAAAUACAUUUGAAGCUCUGAUUAGAGAACAUUUUUCAUCUCAAGUUUCACUUUUACUAUAGAAGAUUGUGGCUCAUUUUGCUGCUUUUAAUAUGUUUUAAAUAAAAAUGUUGCUGCUUGGAAAAAAAAAUCGCCAAAUAAUAGAAUGUCCUCAAAGGAUUAUUCCUGUUAGAUUUAAGUUCUCCCCUAUCCACAGGAUGGGUAACUAUUAGAGAGGCGGUGGCCCUUCCGUUGGGACCCCCACCAAUCACAAGAACAGGGGCCACAUACACUAUGCAGCAUCUCGACACCCCCCCCCCCCCCCCCAUUCAUUUCUAUGGGAAUUGCAGUGAUAGCCGAGCGCUGUACUCGCCUAUCUCCAGAACUUUCAUAGAAAUGGAUGGAGGGCUCCAUUUUUGUGAUCGAUGGGGUUCCCAGCUGUAGUACCCCUGCCAAUAUAAAAGCUAUCCCCAUAUCCACAAUACUUAAUCUAACCAGAACACCCCUUUAACGUGUGAACCUAAAGACUUGAGUGUGUGCAGUAAUCAGUGUGGUCCAGUGGAGACGAGAAAGGGUUCGGUGGGGUCAUUACACUCUAGGUUCCAGUGGUUUUCACCCAAUAACGAUCAAAAAUUAAGAUCACUUAAAGGGGUUGUCCGCAGGAUAGGUGACAAGUGUCUGAUCACAUGAAUGGGAGUCCUGUGUCAUCCAUUUGGAGUGGCAGUACAGCGCUCAGCAAUCCCAUAGAAUUGGAAAGGAUGCUUACCUGCUGCUCCAUGCAAACGGGGGACACAGGACCCCCAACAAUCAGACACGUAUUACAUAUCCUGUAAGUAGAUAAUUAGAAAUCUUGAUACGACCACUUUACACCCCCCCCCCCCGCAGAACUUCGACCACCGUAUCUCCCCGGUCACAGUCUGCACAGCAGUUUGAGGACCCCAUCAAAUACCUCUCUCUGCUUCCUGGGGAAUAUGGGAAGUAAUGAUCGUUGAGCAGACAUCCUACUGGAUUUCUUGUCCGUUGUCUCACAGAGGAACACUACGGCCAGAGAAGACUACAUGAUACAUUCACAUUAAAUGGAGACACCUGCACCUUAGGUUUAGUGUCCCUUUAGGCCGGUGGCUUUUAUUGCUCCUGUUGGUUGAGAGUUUAGGCUAUCUAAAUUUAUACGACAAAUGUGUGUCCCCUACGUGUUGAUUUUGGGCACAGGUAUGUUCUCGGGGUGACCUACCAUUCCAGGUUUCCCUGUGUGUUUUGCUGCUUUUCAUGCUUGUGAUCUGUGAAGGUCUGGGCCAGCUGUCGUAGGCCUCGCACCGCCAUAUUCUCGCUUGAUGUAAUCUGUUGGAUUAGUGACAAUAAACAUGUAUGAAACUUG